AUGAGCUCCGCGCCGCCGCACUCUCCGCCUCGUCUUUCCCGCAUCGCCUCACGCGCCGGAUACGCUUACGAUGCUCAUCGCCACCCCUCGCCGCCUCCGCCUUUCCACGGCGACAACAGCUUGGCCAAGCGGCCCCGCGUCCACGACAACAACGGCCAUGACCCCACGCCGCGAACGCCCCGCAAGCGCCGCAACACCCUGUCGACGACCGACCUGCAGGAAAUGGGCACAUUAAAGGCGCAACGCAAACAGGCUCUGAUUCCGUACUUUUUUACUGACACCGAAGCCGCCGGCCGUUUCGCCGAUGAGGCAGACCAGGCGAUGUUGACUACGGUCAACAACAUUGAGAUGUUUCAGGAAGAGUAG